UGACCAUGACAACCUUCCUGGAAUUUAUCCAGCAGAAUGAGGACAGAGAUGGGGUUAGGUUCAGCUGGAAUGUUUGGCCUUCGAGUCGUCUUGAAGCCACAAGAAUGGUAGUCCCAGUGGCUGCCCUCUUCACUCCAUUGAAAGAAAGACCAGACUUGCCUCCUAUUCAGUAUGAGCCGGUUUUGUGCAGUAGGACCACAUGUCGAGCUGUUCUGAAUCCUUUAUGCCAAGUGGAUUAUCGAGCAAAACUCUGGGCUUGCAACUUUUGUUAUCAGAGAAAUCAGUUUCCUCCUACCUAUGCUGGCAUAUCUGAAAUGAAUCAGCCAGCUGAACUUUUACCUCAGUUCUCCAGCAUUGAGUAUGUAGUACAGCGUGGUCCUCAGAUGCCUCUGAUAUUUCUUUAUGUUGUGGACACAUGCAUGGAAGAUGAAGACUUGCAAGCUCUGAAGGAAUCCAUGCAAAUGUCGCUUAGUCUCUUGCCACCAACUGCGUUAGUAGGUCUCAUUACCUUUGGCCGAAUGGUGCAAGUUCAUGAGCUUGGCUGUGAAGGAAUUUCCAAAAGUUAUGUCUUCAGAGGAACAAAGGACCUGUCUGCAAAACAGCUGCAGGAAAUGCUGGGGCUUACGAAAGUAGCAGUUUCACAAGUUGGUCGGGGUCCUCAAGUGCAGCAGCCACCACCUUCUAACAGAUUUUUGCAACCAGUGCAGAAAAUUGAUAUGAAUCUUACUGAUCUUUUGGGUGAACUGCAACGGGAUCCUUGGCCUGUUCCACAGGGAAAACGGCCCUUACGUUCUUCCGGAGUGGCUCUUUCCAUAGCUGUAGGGCUCCUUGAGUGCACUUUUCCUAAUACUGGCGCACGUAUAAUGAUGUUCAUUGGAGGACCAGCUACACAAGGACCUGGCAUGGUUGUAGGGGAUGAGUUGAAGUUACCUAUAAGAUCAUGGCAUGAUAUUGAAAAAGACAAUGCUAAAUAUGUUAAAAAGGGUACUAAGCAUUUUGAAGCCCUGGCUAAUCGGGCUGCAACAAAUGGUCAUGUUAUUGACAUAUAUGCAUGUGCAUUGGAUCAGACUGGUCUCCUGGAGAUGAAGUGUUGCCCCAACUACACUGGAGGCUACAUGGUAAUGGGAGACUCUUUCAAUACAUCUUUAUUCAAGCAAACCUUUCAGAGAGUAUUCACAAAAGAUAUGCAAGGACAAUUUAAAAUGGGAUUUGGUGGCACAUUAGAAAUAAAGACUUCAAGAGAAGUUAAGAUCUCUGGAGCAAUUGGACCCUGUGUCUCUCUGAACUCUAAAGGACCUUGUGUCUCAGAAAAUGUGAAUUGGAACAGGAGGUACUUGUCAGUGGAAGAUUUGUGGACUUAAUCCUACUACAACACUUGCACUGUACUUUGAGGUGGUCAACCAG